AUGUCCAACAGCAGCUCCAUCAGCCACUUCCUUCUGCUGGCACUGGCAGACACGCGGCAGCUGCAGCUCCUGCACUUCUGCCUCUUGCUGGGCAUCUCCCUGGCUGCCCUCCUGGGCAACGGCCUCAUCAUCAGCGCCGUAGCCUGCGGCCAGCACCUGCACACGCCCAUGUUCUUCUUCCUGCUCAACCUGGCCCUCAGCGACCUGGGCUCCAUCUGCACCACUGUCCCCAAAGCCAUGCACAAUUCCCUCUGGGACACCACCACCAUCUCCUACACAGGAUGUGCUGCACAGCUCUUUCUGUUUCUCUUCUUCAUUUCAACAGAGUUUUCACUCCUGACCAACAUGUGCGACGACCGCUAUGUGUCCAUCU